AUGGAAGCUGCAGUUGCUAAUGACAAGGAGAAAGCUGAGCGACGGGUGGAUGAACCUGAAAGUCAAUUGGAAAUGCGUGCAACCAAAGGACAGAAGAAAUCCACGUCAAAGAAGUUGGAUUUUAGUCAUCUGCAAAGCACAUUCGACUCUAUUAGUCAUAGGACUAACUCCACGCCUACAACCUUGGAAGUACAGCCAAACAUUCCACCGCAACAGCCAGAAAAUAAAAAGAGAAAGGAGCUAUUGACUAUGCCUACUGCUGAGAAAGUAAAAAAUGGAGUGCAGGGUGGAAAAUCAACACAAGGCUUGAAGAAGUCUAAGCCUACAAACAUGGAGGCAGAUGAACUUACAAGGAAGCUCGAAGCAAUUCGUAAAAUGAACAAGGGCGUGUCAACAAGUCUAAGCCAAGAGCGGAGUUGUCCAAGUUCUACUCAACUCACAAUCAACAAAGGGCAGCAGCAGAAUGUUCAACUCACAGAUGAAGAGACUCAAACAGGGCAAGAUGACACAACUUUGCCUUCUCCUGAAACUACCCCACAAAAUGAAAGUGCAAUGUUGGAGCAAGAAAUAUCAACAAAGGGUAAGAGGAUGCCAGGAGUAAAGGCUACAACAAUUGACAAAUUCUUAAAGGAAAAUAGGAUAGAUGUGGAAAUUGAAGGACCAAGCACUGAACUAAGUGAGGACGGGGAAGAAAGCAUGGCACUUGAUAAAAACUAUUAUCAACAUGUGAUGGAGGACAUUGAUGAUGAAGAAGGAGAGCCAAAGAAGAAGAAAACCCGUGGAAAAACAACUUGCAAGGAGAUUUAUGCAAGGACUAUGGAACAGCGAGAAGAAAUCACUUUUGAUCUUGGACAGCCCGUAGGACCAACCGACCAAAGUGUUUCUAAUUUAACUAGUUUUGUUGGCACUAUUGGUAGAAAUAAAAGAUUCGUUAGUCUUUUGUACACUAGUUGGCAUGCUGUUCCUCCUAAAGCUAAGAAGUUCAUGUGGGACUAUGUUAACACCAAGUUUCUCCUCCCAGACAGUGGAGAAAAGUGGGUAAUACAAGCGAUUCGAGAUGCUUGGAAGCGGUUCAAAGGAAAGAUUAAGCAAAAGCACUUCGUUCCCUAUGAUAAUAUUGAAGAUAUGGUGAAGAAUCGACCCCCACAAGUACCAGAAAGUGGUUUCAUAAAAUUGAUCUAUUAUUGGAGUCAUCCUCUAAUCCAGUCAAUAAGUCAAAGGAACAAGCAACACAAGGAAAAUGUGAAGUUUCCACAUCGCAUGGGGCCUAUCAAUUUCGGAAGAGUACGAGUGGCUAUGCGAGCAACAAAGGAAACAAAGGAGGAACCAAAAAGGUUUGAGAUGUUCAUUGCUACCCGAACAAGUCGGAAGAGGAAAAAAGUGGAUAAGGAAACACAAACUGCUGUUGAAGACUUCCAACACCGCCAAGCUGCUGGUGAAACAGAAGAGGAAGCAUUUGAGGCCUUAUUUGGGAAAGAACAACCAGGUCGGAUAAGGUUGUAUGGAAGAUCCGUGACAAAGACUGAUUUAAAAAAAUAUGUUGAAAUUAAUGAAAUCAAGAAUCAGCACAAAGAGGAAGUAUCCAGUCUGAAGGAUAAACUUGGACACAUGGAGGCCCAACAGCAAAAACAAGAGGCCAAACAGCAAAAACAAGACGAAGAGAUUCAUGGGUUGCGAAAUAAGAUCAAGUUAUUACUGCAGCGAUCGGAACCUGGAAUGAGGCCAGAAGAACUAGAAGCUUUAUUGCAAGACGCCCAACAAUCUCCUAUUGAUGCGAAUAGCGGCCAUGGAUAA